GGACAGCCCAAAUUCAUUUGUAUAGUUUUAAAUGCAACGUAACCCAUUAUGAGCAGCCAGCGCGGCCCGGCACAGGCCAGCACGCAAACGGAACGGCCGAAAUUCUCCGAGUAGAAUAAAAUCCGUUGGCCGUCGAACGGCCAGUCGGCGCCAGUGUGUCAUAAUUGUUGGUAGUAAGCAGAUAAAAUAUUAUAUUGUUGAUUUUUUAAUUGAAAGCGCGUUGUUUCUUUUGGAAUAAUAUGGACGAACUUUUAAUUGAGAGUGUCAGAGAAUACCCAUUUUUGUAUGAUGCAUCGGAACCAGGUUAUCACGAUAGCAAGAAAAAGGACAAUGCAUGGGUACAAAUAUCCGAAAAUUUUGAUCAAUGGACAGCUGAUGACUGUAGGAAGAAAUGGAUAGCCCUUCGAGAUAGCUUCAGAAAAGCAUACCGAAAACGGAGGACUACAAGUGGACAAGCGGCUAAACAAAUCCGGCCGUGGAAAUUCGAAAAAGUCAUGUCAUUUAUAAUUCCGUAUAUUGCAGAAAGACAUCAAAUAUCUAAUUUGGCACGUGACUCAGAAAGUAGUAAUACCUCCUAUACUGAUGCUGAUACUGAAGUUGAAGUUGACAAUCUAGAAAAAGAUAGCGAAUGCGAACCUAUAGAAGACGAUGGAACGGUUGAAAACUCUCAGCAAGUGACUGAUGAUGAUAUGAUUUCAAAACUUAACACUUCACAUAAAGUAAGUACCGUUGCAAGUAAGAAAAAACAUUCUGCAGUAAAGAAUGUUGCUGUGCCAUUACAGUCUCCUCCUCCAGUGGCACAAGUUCUUCAAGAGUAUCUUCAGGCAAGAAAAAAUAAAACAGAAACCAUUGCCACUGAAAGAAGUGAUGCGUUAAGUUCAUUUUUUAAAGCAAUGGAACAAACGGUGAGAACAUUUUCCUUACCACUACAAAUAGAAAUUAAAGGAAUAAUUUCAAACCUUGUGACUGAUUAUGAGUUAAGAAACUACAACUUUCAAAAUGUUACAUCAACAUCUUCGUGUUCGCCCAAUAGACUUGCCGCAAGUGCCUCAAAUAUUUCAUGUCCUGCACCUACUCCACAUUACCGUUAUCAACAACCAUACCCAGUCUGUAGCAACGAAUAUCCACCAUCAAGUUCUCUCAACACACAACAGCCCUCCAAUACACCUAGUGGAUCCGGAUCAGAACCUACUCCACAUUACCGUUAUCAACAACCAUAUCCAGUCUGUAGCAACGAAUAUCCACCACCAAGCUCUCUCAACACACAACAGCCCUCCAAUGCACCUAGUGAAUCCGGAUCAGAACAGCUUCAUGGCAUUGAUAAGCCUUGGAACAAUAUAGUAUAAACAUUUUGUUUACAGUCGGAAAAAUGAAAGAAUACCCAUGAACGAACAUAUAAAACACGCUGUAUUUUCCUGCCGCCGUGUCACAAGGAAAAUUGUCCAGUGCAAGUAUAUGUAACAAUAAUUAUUACAUGUACUUGCGCUAGCCAAUUUUUUGUGUGACAAGGUGACAGGAAAAUACAGCGUGUUAUAUACAGAGAGAGUCUGUAAUUUGGAAUAAAUUCAAUAUCUCAAAUUAAUACUAAUGGUUUUUUUGAAAAAUGCUAAGACCUGUCGAUUAGUAUUUAAAAUUGUCCUUUUUGACAUACAAUAAUAAUGUAUACAGUGUGUCCCAACUUGGAGAUAUGACGUCAUCGUUGAUUUUCUUAAAUGGCAACACUGUCAUUUUGAUAGCUAUUUUGAUAGGGAGUGUAAAGUUAUACACAACUGCAAAAUAUCAAAUUUUUAUUGUCUACCAUUUACAAGAUAAUAAAAAAUAACAAAGUUAUAUCUGUAAUUUGGAAUAAAUUCAAUAAUUAAAAUACUAAUUGUUUUUUUGAAAAAUGCUCAUACCCGUCGAUUAGUAUUUCAAAUUGUCAUUUUUGACAUCCAAUAAUAAUGUAUACAGGGUGUCCUAAUUUAGAGAUAUGACGUCAUCGUUGAUUUUCUUCAAUGGCAACACUGUCAUUUUGAUAGCGUGUGUAAAGUUAUACACAACUGCAGAAUUUCAAAUUUUUAUUCCCUGCUAUUUACAAGAUAAUAAAAAAUAACAAAGUUAUGGAAAACAAGUAAUCAAAUAACAAUUGAAAUUAAUUAUUUCAAUUAAGCAACUACUCAUAAUGUUGCCCUCAAUUAUUGUCAAAUUGUCAAUGGGCAACAUCAUGAGCAUUUGCUUAAUUGAAAUAAUUAAAUUAAAAUGUAUACAUUAUUAUUUUAUGUCAAAAAUGAAAAUUUGAAAUAUUAAUCGACGGGGCUGAGCAUUUUUCAAAAAAACAAUUAGUAUUUUAAUUAUUGAAUUUAUUCCAAAUUACAGACAUAACUUUGUUAUUUUCUAUUAUCUUGUAAAUGGUAGAGAAUAAAAAUUUGAUAUUUUGCAGUUGUGUUUAACUAUACACACCCUAUCAAAAUAACUAUCAAAAUGACAGUGUUGCCAUUUAAGAAAAUCAACGAUGACGUCAUAUCUCUAAAUUGGACACCCUCUACACAUUAUUAUUGUAUGAAAAAAGGACAAUUUCAAAUACUAAUCGACGGGUCUGAGCAUUUUUCAAAAAAACAGUUAGUAUUUGAGAUAUUGAAUUUAUUCCAAAUUACAGACUCUCUCUGUAUGUUCGUUCAUGGGUAUUCUUUCAUUUUUCCUACUGUAAACGUCUUGGGCAUAAAUAAAUACUGUUUUUAGGUUAUAUUUCGUACACAAAAUAAAAAAUAAUA